CGGGGUGGUGGCCGCGGCAAGGAUAGGCACUUUCCAAGAGUGAAAGAGAAGCAUCAGCUUUGCGCAAGAGAGUGCAAGAAAAUAAGCAAGUAGAAAUAGAGAAGACUGCGGAAGGGGAGAGUCUGCAGCACUGAAAAUAAUAUACUUUUUUACCAUUACCUUUUGCAGCAAGCAAAAGCAGCUUGCAAGUGCAGUAUCAGAGAUUGUUGAAGCGUUUUGCCUUGUUGGGAAAUACCAGGCAUGAAUGAGCCGUUUCCUCAAUUUGGAACGACUGUGAAAGGUAAUGAAAGAUUGCAGUUGGGCAUUUGCUGGAAGUGACAGCACGUUGCUAAACCCGCUGCUCCCAGAAGGGGACUCUAAACACUGGAAAACUUUCACAUCAGUGACCGAGGGUUUCUGAAGAAGGGCAGGGAAAGCGGGAAAAGGCACAGGCGAGAGUAGGUUGCCAGAAAACGUAGUUUUCUAAAAGAAAAGUCAGCAUUUGUCAGUGUAGAAAUGGAGACCGUCUCUCAAGAUUCCCAAAUGGAAUGCCAGAUCUGCUUCAAUUACUACAGUCCGUGUCGUCGGCCCAAGCUACUUGACUGCAGGCACACGUGCUGUUCGGUCUGCCUUCAACAGAUGAGAAGCAGUCAGAAGGAGCUGACGUGCCCCUGGUGUCGAAGUAUCACCAAGCUCUCUCCCAGCUUGUCUGUAUCUCAGCUGCCCGACGACCCAGAAAUAAUCGCUGUGAUCAGCAUCCCCAAUGUCUCGGACCGCACCCCAGUCUUCAUCAGGCUCCCGACCAGUGGUUGCUACAUGGUCCCACUGACUGUUACCAAGGAGAGCGCUCUGUUGCCAGGAGAAGGGGGUUGUCGACUGUUGCCGGGAAGCCAGCGGAAGACUGUGACUGCUGUUUUGAUCCCUGGGGAGCAGCAGCACCAGCAACGUCCUUUGCAAAGUGGACCGAGGGAAGACGAGGAAGAGGAGGAAAGCAGGGAAGUUGUGAAGACCUCCACCUGCUCAGGGGUUUGCACUGUACUGCUUGUGGCUUGUGUCCUCCUGUUCCUACUUGGUAUCGUGCUGCAUAACAUGUCUUGCAUAUCGAAGCGAUUCACUGCUAUCUCUUGUGGCUGAAAUAAGCGCUAGUCUACAAUGGGCUUUCAGAAUUUACUAGUUUGCAAGAUACCUGGACUAUGGCUGUACUGAGGAAUGCAGAGCAUUUAGUCUCUUGUGGCCCAGGCUUCAGAGCCAUGCUGAGGAAGCUGAGCAAAUGCAUAAAACUAAAAGGAAUGAUUCAUUUGGGAAGUGAUGAAUACCUAAGGUGUAAUUUUGGGAGAUCAAGUGAAAACUGUAUUUCUGCUGAAUUUUCAAGGGGUUUUGCAUCUUAAGUCAUAAAUACAGAAUUAAUGGAAAUUGAUUCCCUUAAUAUCACAUUGUAUUUCUAAAUUAUUAUUAUCCAUAGUCUCCCUUUUAAUGGGUAGUGCAAUAAUACUAUUCAUGGUGUAAUUUGAUUCAGUCUCCUGUAAGUAUUGGUAGGCAUCAUUUUAUACACUGUAAACUGGGCUACUCUGUUGAAACCUGGGCUUUAACUGACGGUAGUUCAUUGAGUUGCAACAAUCUUCUACAGAAACAAUACUCAUUUUUUGUCACCAUCCUGUGAGCAGUGAGGACAGAUUUUAGACAAGUGUACAAGUGCUGUCAAAUAGAAUUGUAAACAUUUUAUUGGGGGCUAAGUUGUAUGAAUUUUUAUUUUUUUUAAUUUUUGGCAAGCUGUUGCAAUUAGGUUUUUAAUGUACAUACAUGCAUAGAGGUUUUAAAAUCCAGUACAUGUAUACAUACUGCGACAAAAAGAACAUAGAAUUAUUUAAGCCAGUCGUUGUUGAAGACGGUUUAUCUUAUAUGUGCGCAGGUGCUGACAAAAAUCAUUAGACUUCUUUCGCAAUGUGAAGCCGGAACUGUACUGGUGGAUUAUUUUAGUUUCCAAUUCAUUAGAUGAUGGUUCAGCUGUUAGGUGUUUUGAUGUGCCUGAUAGGAUAUCAUUUUAAAUAGAGACAGUUUUCAAAUGAAUAGUUAACUUUGUGGUGAGUUGAAUUUUCAAUUUAGUGUGUCAAAUACACUAUGUGGCAUAAGCUGAUUUUGCUGCUGGGGCUUUAAGGCUACUGUUUAGGGUUUUAAACCAUUCAGCUAGAUUUAUUAAAAUUGCUUACCUUUGAAUGCACAACAUUUUAAAUUGGGAGAAAAGAAUACAUUAAUUCACAAUUAAUGUGAUUUGGUGAGCUGCUGCAUACAGUCUAGUGGUGAGGAAACAUAACUCAAUGGGAUUGAAAAGCGCUGGCAGACUUUGACAAGCAGUAUCAUAAUGACAAUGUCUAGCGAUACAGUUAACGUAGGGAAGGAAUAAUGAUCGUUGAUGACUCUCAAUUACUUGUUUAAAAAUAAAAGUAGUUAAGAUUGGAGCUUGGUUAAGCCAUGAUGGCAUAAUUAUUAAAGUUGGUUCUGAUUUAUAUGUGAAGUUGCCUGUACUGUACUUAUUUUUUUCUUACCUUUGGUGACCAGAGAUUGAAAUCCUGUUGUCCAGCAUUUUACAUAGUUUCUCCUUCCAGUUUUGUAAAUAUUGGAAAUGAAAUGCUGAACUUUUCUUAAAGUAUUUUAGCCAAAUAUCAAGUGGUAUCUGUACUUUAUAUCUGUUUAUUUUUCUGGAUAUUUUAAUGUAAUACUUUAAUUAUGACCUCAAAGGGAAUGGGGUUUUCACUGGCUUAUACCAGUUCAGCUGACACAAGUGGGAUCACGUCUUUUCCCUUAGAAAACAACAUUGGUUAAUACUAUGACUGCUGGAAAUCUGAAAUAAUGACAUACUUUUCUGCUGGUCAGGCAGCAUCUGUGGAGAAAGAAAGAGUUAACAUUUCAUGUCACUGAUCUUGAAUCAGAACAAAUAAUAAUUGUUUCAGGUGCUACCUGACCUGCUGACUAUUUCCAAUACUGGUUAAUAGACUGGUAACACGCCUCAGCUAAUAUCCCAUGAUCACUGUUGCCUAUACAUGCUAUUAAAUGGUUUUGUCUUUCCAUAGAUUAUUUAUUUUACAGACACGUCUUUGUGCCUAAGUAUAUUGGGGUAUAUGAACUGCCAAUGUGUGCACAUACCUGUGAUAAUCUGCAAAAGUAGAGGUUGGAAGAGAUGGUGAAUCUGCUGUUUAUAGCUGCUGAGUGUUGUCUUUGUGCUUACUCUUUUGUAGAAUAAAAUAUUGCAUGAGGCUGCAACAGAGUAUUUUUUCUCACUGAUAUUUUUAUGAUGCAGUGUUCUGAACCUGCCUGUUGUUUGUAUAAGUGUUCAUUUUAGUUUAAUGAUGAUUGUAAGGAGUUCAUUCAUACAGUUUGAAAUGGACCACUGUACUGUGAUUCUGGUUGUAUUGACAACAUUAUUCAACAGUUUAUAAUAAACUUUAUAAAUAUUA